CGGGCCCGCGGACACCGCAGUCGCGACCUGCGCUCGCCCCUCCCGCCCCGGCCCGCCCCGGCCCGCCCCGGCCCGCCGCCCGGGAGGGACCAUGCCGCGCUCCUUCCUGGUGAAAACGCACUCCAGCCACAGGGUCCCCAACUACGGGCGGCUGGAGACACAGAGAGAAAUUGAUGGCGCCUGCUCUGCCUGUCGGGGGCUAGUGGUGCCCCUUCUCCCCCAAGACAGGGAGGCCCCUUCUGUGCCUGCUGACCUUCCCCAGCCCUGGGACCGCUCCUCGGCCUUCGCCUGCAUCUCCCUGCCCCUCCUGCCACAGCUCAAGGAAGCUCUGGGGGCCUCUGGACCAGAUGCUCUGGAAGUCAGUGGGGUUGACCCUCGGGGCAGCUGGGCCCCCAGUGUACCCCUCAAAGACAGUCUGAAUCACCUCGACCUGCCCCCACUGCUGGUGCUGCCCACGCGGUGGUCCCCAAUCCUGGGCCCAGACCAGGACGGGGCUCCAGAAAAACUGCUUGGGGCUGAGCGGAUGCCGCGAACCCCAGGCGUCUUUGAGUGCUUCCACUGCCACAAGCCCUACCACACGCCGGCCGGGCUGGCCCGGCACCGGCAGCUGCACUGCCACCUGCAGGCAGGGCGCGUGUUCACCUGCAGGUACUGCGACAAGGAGUACACCAGCCUGGGCGCCCUCAAGAUGCACAUCCGCACCCACACGCUGCCCUGCGCCUGCACAAUCUGCGGCAAGGCCUUCUCCAGGCCCUGGCUGCUGCAGGGCCACGUCCGCACCCACACAGGGGAGAAGCCUUAUGCCUGCUCGCACUGCAGCAGGGCCUUUGCCGACCGUUCCAACCUUCGGGCCCAUCUGCAAACGCACUCUGACACCAAGAGGUACCAAUGCCGGCGCUGCACCAAGACCUUCUCCCGUAUGUCCCUCCUGGCACGGCACGAGGAGUCUGGCUGCUGCCCGGGCCCCUGAGAGGCGCGUGGUUGGCGCAGGUAGGAGGGAUGGCCCUCACCCUGAGAGCUGGCGUCCCUCCUGCUGCCAGAGGAGCCUCGAGUCUGGGAGGACAGGGCUCAGCCUCACACCUGGUGCAUCUGCCACAUCUGUGUCCAAUCAGAACCAAAGAAGUCCAUCAGGGACCACUGGGGCGGAGAACACUCACCCACGCAGCCCACUCCGCUGAGCCCCACUCAGAGGAGACUCCUCUCCCAGGGAAGACUUUCAUCAGAACAAGAGCCCUGGUUCCACCGCAUCGUGGUCACGGCUCUGGGUCUGCCUUCCGAGAGUCAGAGCCUGUGGGGGUGGUCACCUGCAUGGGUUGGCAGUGCCGCCUGCUGACUCGAGAGGCUGCCUCGUUCCCUGGCAGCAGAAACGAACAGUUCUGACUUGUGGUGAGCACAGCUGUGCGGUCCAUCCUCAGAAGGCGCAACUACCUCUCAGCUGGCCCCCACCAGCCUUUGGUGUGGGGUCUGGACAAGCUGUCCUGUGUCACACGCCUACACGCAUGUGCACACACGCUCACACAUGUACACACACGUGCCCUCCCCACCUCACUAGACUCUCCUGAAGAUGGAGCAGGAAUGGUGUUCUGGGUGCGUUGGGAUGGGGUGGAAUGCCCUGGACCUGUGCCUUUGGGAUUUGUCCUGCUCAGAGCCUCAGGGCACUCAGCUUCCCAGGCAAGAACAGCUGUCGGGUAAUAAAAGGUCUCUGCACACCUGC